GUCAUGGCAGCCCACACGCGUAUAUCUAAACUGUAAAAGGCACCCAGUUCAUUGUCUUGUUUUGUUGUUUUGUUUUAGAUAUGAGGUAUUUACUCCGUCUGGGGCCUUCGUUUGCCCGUCUCCACGUCCGCUUAUGUCACCAGAGUGUGUACAACAGCCACGCAAACCCACGAAGAGUGGGAGUGGACCUUGGGGAAAAGAAACUUGAGAUCUCUUCAGGGAAAUUUGCCAGGUUUGCUGAUGGAUCUGCUGUAGUACAGCUGGGGGAUACCUCUGUGAUGGUGACUGCUGUGAGCAAAACCAAACCUUCUCCGUCUCAGUUCAUGCCUCUUGUGGUGGACUACAGACAGAAAGCAGCUGCUGCAGGUCGAAUCCCCACUAACUACUUGAGGCGAGAGCUGGGCACCACCGACAAUGAGAUUCUCACCAGCAGAUUAAUAGACAGAUCUAUUAGACCACUUUUCCCUGCUGGCUACUUUUAUGACACUCAGAUCCUUUGCAACCUGCUAGCUGUUGAUGGUGUCAAUGAUCCAGAUGUGCUGGCUAUUAAUGCAGCUUCCGCUGCUCUGGCCCUGUCUGACAUCCCCUGGAACGGACCCAUAGGUGCUGUGCGUGUGGGCAUGGUCGAUGGAGAGUUGCUGAUCAACCCCUCCAGGGCAGAGAUGACUUCCAGCAGUCUUAAUCUGAUUGUGGCUGGAGCCCCCAGCAGUCAAGUGGUGAUGAUUGAGGCGUCAGCUGAGAACGUGCUGCAGCAGGACUUCUGCCAUGCGGUGAAGGUGGGAGUCAAACACACCCAGCAGAUCAUACAGGCCAUCCAGCAGCUGGUGCGAGAACAGAAGGUCACCAAGCGCACCCCGGUCAAGGUGUUCUCAGCCCCGACUGACAUGGUGGAACAUGUUCGGCAAUUAGCUUCUGAUAGGAUCUAUGCUGUUUUCACUGAUUACACACAUGAUAAGAUUUCUAGAGAUGAAGCUGUCAAUAAAAUUCGACUAGAAACAGAAGAGGACGUAAAAGAAAAAUUCCCUCAGGCCGAGCCCUUUGAGGUCAUUGAAUCCUUCAACGUAGUGAGCAAAGAAGUCUUCCGGAAUUUAGUGCUUAAUGAGUACAGGAGGUGUGAUGGGAGGGAAUUGACGGCUUUAAGGAACAUUUCCUGCAAUGUAGACCUCUUUAGGCCACUUCAUGGCUCUGCUCUGUUCCAGCGAGGACAAACACAGGUGCUGUGCAGUGUCACAUUUGAUUCCCUGGAAUCCAGUGUCAAAGCAGAUAUUAUCACCACAGCUCUGAGUGGCGUCAAAGACAAAAACUUCAUGCUUCAUUAUGAAUUCCCUCCAUAUGCAACCAAUGAAAUUGGAAAGGUGGGAGGCAUCAACCGGAGAGAGCUUGGUCAUGGGGCCCUGGCCGAGAAGGCUCUGAGACCAAUCAUUCCUAAAGACUUUCCUUUCACUAUCAGGGUCAGUGCUGAAGUGUUAGAGUCAAACGGAUCCUCGUCAAUGGCCUCAGCGUGUGGAGGCAGCCUUGCACUAAUGGAUGCAGGUGUCCCCAUCUCCUCUGCUGUGGCAGGUGUAGCCAUUGGCCUCAUCUCCAAGGCCAACCCAGAGAAACCUAGUGACAUCCAAGACUACAGAUUACUAACUGAUAUUCUGGGAAUAGAGGAUUACCUCGGGGACAUGGACUUCAAACUGGCAGGAACAAACAAGGGCAUCACUGCUUUGCAGGCUGAUGUGAAGAUACCAGGUUUGCCUCUGAAAGUGGUCAUGGAGGCUAUCCAACAGGGCACAGUGGCAAAGAGGGAAAUCUUGGGCAUCAUGAACAAAUGUAUAGUAAAACCCAGAGAAACUAGGAAAGAGAAUGGACCUGUUGUCGAAAAUGUCCGGGUGCCUGUUUCUAGACGAGCUCGCUUUGUUGGUCCGGGAGGAUAUAACCUUCGCAGGCUACAAGCUCAAACAGGUGUGACAAUAAGUCAGGUGGACGAGGAGACUUUCUCUGUGUUCGCUCCAUCACCAGGAGCCAUGAACGAAGCUCAAGACUUCAUCAGUGAGAUCUGCAAAGAUGAUCAAGAACAGCAGCUGGAGUUUGGUGCUAUCUACACAGCAACCAUCACUGAAAUAAGGGACAUUGGUGUGAUGGUGAAACUUUAUCCCAACAUGAGUGCUGUCCUGCUGCACAACUCACAGCUGGACCACAAACGGAUCAAACAUCCAAGUGCAUUGGGUUUAGAGGUGGGAAAGCAGAUACAGGUCAAGUACUUUGGACGGGACCCAACAGACGGUAGAAUGAGACUUUCACGUAAGGUGCUCCAAUCUCCUGCUGCAACUGUUGUCAAGACACUAAGUGAGAAACAGAGCAUCUCCAUUGGUUCAAGCAACAGCCAAACGGCCGGCAGUGAUUUGUGACACGCGAACACAAGAGGCUAACUUCUGGCUUUGCCACUUGAUUUUUCUACAAAACAAUCCUGUUGAGAAAUCUGCCAAACCAAGAGCAUCAGGUUUUGUCACAGACUGAACCAGUGUGCAUAAAGGAGGUUACCCAGUGCUGUGGGGAUGGGCAUGAUAAAACUGCGCUGGACUGAAAUGCAUCUCACCAAAUACAGUGUCCUGCUUACAUUGUGCUUCAGUGGAUGUGCACCAACUGAGAAGAACCCUUAAAAAUAACAAUGAGGGGGGUAACUCACAUUUUCAAAAAUAAGAAAUGUAUUGUAUUUUUAAGUAUCUACUUUUAUCAUGUUGUUUUCAAAUUUUCCACCUGAGCUAGCAUUGACAGCAUCUAGUUGUAAGAAGGUUAGAUUUUUCUAUUAGCAUCCCUCAACACACCUAUCUAACAGCUUUGACCCAAUAGACACAGUACAAUCCCACAGUGGUUUUGUUAUUUAUAUGUGUGAUAAUACUGCCUCUUGUGGUAUGGGACUUCCCUACUUGGUGUCCACUCAAAGCUGCCAGGAUCAAGAUAUGGACAAAAAAAGAAAAGUGGGAGAAAUGUCUAAUUAUUAUAAUUUUUUAUAUAAUAUUCACUUGUUUUUCAUUUGCAGUAUAUGUGAGUCAUCUGUAAAUAAAACGAUUACUGGUUGCUUUGUGUGCAUUAAAAUUCACAGCUGCUUCAAGCAAAAAAUACCAUGCACACAUAAGGAACCAGAAUUAAUUCCAAUAUUCCAAUAUAUGUCCAAGAUUCCAAUACCAGAUGUUGCACAAAAAGCCAACAAAAAAUUAAACUUAUGGUAAGUGUAUUCAAAGAGAAAAAAAGUCCAUACAACCAAUUGAACCACUAUAAAACUGAUAAUAGUAAAAGUUAAAUUUGCGUUCAGACUAAAAAACACAGGUUACAAGAAACAAUAAAGUAAAAAAGCAACACAAUACAGAUAGAUGAUGAUUUACUGAAAAAUGUCUAUUAAAGAUAAAUUGAUAAAUUGUUCCCAAUUGUAUACAAAGCCUCUGUACUUCUGCCAGUCUCAGAGAGAUGACACAAGGGCCUCAUCACCAAAUGAAAGUCCCAUGAAGACAACUGCUGGGCGCUUUAAUAAAAUGAUGUUAAAGAGACAGUUUUCUACAUCCAUGAGAUGUGCA